UCCAGCAUGAAGAAGACUCGUAGUAUGAAUCUUAGAGCUGUUGCCACCAUUCAAAAUCUACCAAAAGCUAGUUACUGAGCUUCUCAUUGAUCGUUGUUCUUUCGGAAGACCCCUUAGGUAACUCCGACACGGGGGUUCACAUGUCACACAACGGAACCCUAAACAUUUCACGCGACGAUGUCGGAGAGGUUACACGUGUGUUCAUCCUCAAGAAUGGAGGCGGUGAUCCAGCAAGCAGUGAAGGACAAGGAGUGUCAUCAUUAUCGCGAACUCCCUCCAUAAGUGCGAACACAGGUCAACAUGGCGUCAAUGUCAGUGAUAGUGGAGGGAUGGGUAAUUGUGACAGUGAAAAUGUUAUUAAUGGGAUGCUUAGAACGGGGGAAGAUGAUGUAGACCCAUCCACAGAUCUAGGUGCAGAUCUACAACACAUAGAAGAGUGGUUAAAGACACGCAGUGAUAGUCUUUCUAGCUUUGAUUUUGAUCCCGAAAUUAAACCCUCUGAGGUAGACGUCAAUGACUUUUUCAAUCUCAAGACCGGCGUGCAGUUUCAUGUAAGUGGCCAAGACUAUGGUUUAGUAUUUUCAAAAGAUAAUACAAGUGAUACUGGUGCUUCUUCAAGUACAAUGUUGCCAAAUCAAUUUUCUUUCCCUGAUCUUGGGGACACACUGGGUGGUGCUGGAAGCCGCAGAAGUAGUUUCACCAAAAAACUUGAAACUCUUAUGCAAGUGGAUAAGGGUCUAUUUGAGGAGCUCUUGUUAACAGAUCCCAACAAAAAGUAUGGCAACAAAAAAUCUGAUAAUUUGACAUCAUUACCUGUUGAAGAUAGAGGUCUUUUCGAAGAGCUGUUACUGCCUGGAGCUCAGGAGGAAUGGGCCCGGCAUGCUCAGGAACUUCUUUUGGCAGUAACACUGGAAAAGAGAGAAUUGAAUAUACCAGGCCAAGUGUCAGGAGAAAAUGAGCCAGUUCGUGAGCCUGUGGGGUGUAGUGUACCAGUGUUAGAGAAUACUCAAGAAAUGGCAAGUGAUCAUGAAACCUCUGAUGAAUUGGACCUCAUGGUUAGAAAUAUUCAACCAAUAAAGCUGAUGAGUCCACAAGAGAUUGAAAACAUGGCAUCAAGACCACUUGGCUUUGAUGAAACACCAAUCAAAACAGAAACUCAAAGAAAUAAAGAAGUCGCAUGCCAAAUGGAAGAUUUUAACUUUAUUCCGUUUGGUGCCAGGGGUUGUGAAGACAAUAACACACUCCCAUCUGAUCUUUUGACAAGUCCAAAUAGUGAGGUAGACAGUAAACUCUCCAGUAUAUUAGCAAUGGAUGCCUCUAAUGACACUUUAGAAAUUCCAAGCUCUGAGAAUAGUGAUAUGUUAGAAAAUCUUGGGAAAAUGCCUCCCAAAUUAGAAAGAAGCAUAUCUCCUGGAACAUUCUUGGUAAAAUUGGAGCCAAGAGAAAAUAGAGAUGUGCGUGACAAGGUUCAUCUGUCAACAGUAGUGUCUACAUCUAGUCAGCUUACAACUGCAGCUAUGCCACCCCCUUCAACAACAUUUACCAGUGCCACAGCAUCCUUUCAACCCCCUGUAUCUCUUUCAAUUCUGAAUGUAAAUGACAUAAUUAACUCUACAUUAACCAAAACAUCAACCACAACUAAUUGCAGCUUAGUUACUGCUGUGAGUUGCAGCUCUGCUGUAAAUGUCACAUCUGUGACAAAUACCACUACCACUGCGUCAGUUAGUUUGGCUCCUAAAGGACUUCUGAAAAUUCCAUCGGGUUCAGUUCAUACUGAAGUUAAAAAAUUGCCUAUAGGUAUGGUUCAACUUCGCCUAGCAGCACCACCACCAGUCACAUCUCUUAGUGCAGCUUUAACAACUGCUACUACAACAUUAAGCCCUCAGUUGCCCAGACCCACUUUCAUAUUAAGACCAUUAAUUACAUCUGGACAACAAUUACAACAACAACCAUCUCAACAACAUACAACAGUUACUGAAAACUUGGUAACUUCUAAGGAGAGUACUCCUUUAACCUUCACACCACUCAAAAUGGUAGCAGUACAACCAUCAAAUAAACCCGGCAUUGCAAAUGUGACAAUCACAGUUGACCGAAAAGCCAAUCUGACCACAGUCAACAUUGUGUCUUCAAACAAUGAGCAUACAGUUUUUAAGAUAAACACUUGUGACUUAGUAAGAGCUGUUUCCAGCAUCCGUGAGCCACAUUUGGAGCCGUUGGGUCUUACACCUCAGCAGCUGCUGCGCUCUGCACACACCGCUCACCGUCUCAUUCAGGAAGUUCAUCAGCAGGGAGUUGCACGCCAACAUAAAGGUACUGGGAAAGAUACUUCUUCAGGACCACAAAAUUUUGAGAUCAAUCAACCUCUGCAAGAAGUAAAGCCUCCAAUCUCACGAAUGCAGCAAGGACAGUUGGCAAUGUUGCGGCAGGCAGCAGCAGCAGUCACCACGGCAGUGACAACUAAUGUGUCAAAUACUACCAGCCAAAGUGUAAUGAGCCAAGUUGUCAAAAGUAGUGGUAUGUGUAAUAGUAUUGGUUCAACCAUAAUGGGAGCAACAUCGGUGCUUUCAACAGCUAAUACAUCUGGCUCUGUUUUGAUACCUACACCACUAAAUGCAGCUGUAUUAUCUACUGUCAAAGGUGCUGUUUCAGCAUUUACAUCACAGAAAGUUCAAGCAGAGACCACAUCAUCAACACUCCGCUCGGAGCGAAAAACUUCACGUCUGACCACCAUCACUAAGUCAGAAAAGUCCCACAUUAAGAAUGAAGGUGUUGGGGUGUCGCUGCGUCCAGGAGCUCCACCAACAAUGGUCUCGGUGCCAUCUGUCCUCGACUCAUUAUCUGCUUCCUCGUUGGUUCCUGCUGACCUACUACAAACCUCAUCUCAUUCACCUUCUUCUACCAAUGUGCAGAGUGAUGAUGACCUCAAUGAGGAGAACCCUGAGAUGUGCACAGUUUCAGAUGAGGUUGCCAACAAGGCCUUUGAGGAACUUGGUAUUCACAUUGAUUCCCUGCAGUGCGAACCUUCACCACAAGGUGGCAAGCAUUGGCUUUGUCCCAUCAAAGGCUGCUGCAAGCAUUUUCCAAAACUUUCUUCUCUUAAGGUUCAUUUGCUGAGCCAUAAUGGAAUCCGGCCGUAUAAAUGUAGCUAUGAAAGCUGUGACUGGGCAUUUUAUACAUGGUACAAGCUUAAACGUCACAUUGAAACUCACUUGAAGAGACGGGAUUAUGUGUGUUCAGAAUCUAACUGCAAUCGCCGAUUCACUACUGUGUAUAACCUCAACACACAUCUUCGUCUGCACCAGCGUCCUAAGUGCUGGAUGUGCUCAUUGCCUGAAUGUACUCAAGCAUUCCAUACAAGACGUGAGUUAGAAGUUCAUAUGAAAACUCACAAGGAUGUUGAAGCUCCUUACAA